CGGAUUUAGCAUUCGCGUCGGCCGGACCUCAAGAUGGCACGCCCCAAGCAAGCACCGAAGGGCAAGGGGAAGAGCCGCCAAGGCGACCCCGCGCCCGCCAAGGCCAAGGCCGGGAGACCCAAGACCAGCAUCGCCCAGAAGCUCACUGCGGACCUCGAGCGCCUUCGCGGCCUCGGCAACGGCGACUUGGACGCCGACGAGGCCAAGACCAUGGCCCGCGACCUCAGCGCCGAAGAGCGCUUGACCCACGCGGACGCGCACGUGCGCCUUCUCGUGGCGUCCUGCGCCGCCGAGCUCCUGCGCUUGACCGCGCCCGAGACGCCCUUCGCGUCAGACCAGGCGCUUUACGACGUCUUUGGCCUCGUCAUCCGCGCCUUGAAGGAGUCGACCAAGGACACGGACAUUGCGUGGUUUGGCCUCCUCGAGACGCUGGCGUCGGUCAAGAGCUGCAACCUCAUGGUCGGUUUGCAGCCCGAGUUGCAGGAGACAUCGUCGUCGUCCGACUUGGUCGUCGACCUCUUCCGGGGCUUUUUCGAGCGGCUCCAAGACGACCACUCGCCCAAGGUCGAAGCCAACAUGAUCACCAUCAUGGUGAGCUGUCUCGAAGAAGGCGACGCCGUGAGUCCGGCGAUCCUCGAAGCGCUUUUAGAACCGCUCCUUGAAGUGUCCAAGCCGCGGACGUACCACAUGGCGCAGCAGGUCAUUGAGAAGGCGACGGACGUGCUUCAGACGCACUUGAGCCUCUUCUUCAACAGUGCGCUCGUCGACGUGCGUGGCGCAAGCGAGCACUCGGCGCUCAAGGAGCACAUCCACGCGCUCAUCUACGAAGUACACAAGGUCAACCCGAGCUUGCUCUUGUACGUCCUCCCGAACGUGUGUCUCCAGCUUCAAGUCGACGACCUCGACACGCGCUCGAACGCGAUUGCGCUCAUGGGCCGCCUCUUUGCGUCGUCGCACGCCGACUACGGGGCGCAGUACCUCAAGAACUUUCGCGACUUUCUCGAUCGGUUCCGCGAUGUGAAGAAGGACAUUCGGCUCCAAAUGGUGCAAGUCUGCGCGAUUAUUGCGCAGCGCAAGCCCGACUUGGUGCACCUCAUUGAACCCGAGAUGAUGGGCCGGCUCCAAGACGCCGAGUGGGACGUCCGGCGUCUCGCAAUGAACGAGCUCUGCGACCUCGCGGCCAAAAGCGUAACUAGCGUGAGCGCGGCGUGUCUUCGCCAGAUCGGCGAGCGCAUGAAGGACAAGAAGGUCGUGAUUCGAAAAGAAGCCAUGACGGGCCUGGCCCAGAUCUACUCGGCGCACGUCGCCAAUGGCCUCAGCACUGGCGCCAACGAUGUGACGGCCGCGGCGACCGCGCUCUCGUGGGUGCCCGACUACGUCCUCAAGUGCUUUGCGUACCCGCAGCAAGAGCUCAAGCUGCGCGUUGUGCAGCUGCUCGACGACAUUUUGCUGCCAAAAGCCACGUCCGAGCUCCAUCGUAUGAAGGGCCUCGUCUUUCUCUGGAAGCACCUCGAUUCGAGCGCCAAAGAAGCGCUCAAGCGCAUCUUCCUCGAGCGCGUGCGAAGCCGGGAUGCGAUCGCGACGUUUCUCGACAUCAAGCAGCUCAUGCGACACAAGAAGAACGCGACGGCGACGACGCCCGAAGUCGUCCACAUGAUGGAGUGCUUGAAAGAGCUCCAGCCGCUCCUUCCCGAGACGGACGGCUGGGCUUCCUUAACCGAGAAGCUCGCGCUCUGGAAGGACAUGAAGCUCGUCAAGCACCUCGAACUCCUCUGCGCGCCCACGACCUCGAGCACCGACCUCCGCAAGGCGCGCGAAGACGUGGUCAAGAUGCUUGGCUCCAAGACACCGCUCGGCGAGUGGAUGAAGAACGUGUGCCGGAAGCUUGCGAUGCUCACGAUCAACACCACGAGCCUCGAGUCGCUGCUCUCGAUGUUGCAGCCCACGGAUGCGACGAGCCGGGACACCAAGACGGUCGUCGAUAUCCUCUUGUUUGUCGCGGAACACGCGCCGUUUCUCUUUGAAGCGCACCUCAACACGCUCGAAGCGCUCUUGGACGACGACACGCAAUCCGCGUGCGUCCUCGACAUCCUCAUUGCGUACGGCAAGUACCGCAAGACGCAUGCGACGGCGCGGGCCCCCGACAGCGCGCUCGAAGGCGUCCUCCUCGCCGCCGCGCAAGAGUCGGAGGGCGACGAGAUCGUCCGAAAGAGCGCGCGUGCGCUCGUGCUGCUCUUCCCGCGCGCACCCGCCGUCAAGUCGUGGCUUGUGACACUUGCCAAGGCGUCGACGCACGAGGACACACAGCUGAUUGCGCUGGCGAUUCUGGCCAAGCACGUGUUUGUGCCAACCGAGUGCAAGCCGCUGUGUGCGUUGCUUCUGGCGUCAACGGCGUCCUCCUCGCACGCGAAAAUGAAGAAGAAGGAGCUGCACACGCUGGCGCUGCAGCUGCGCGUGCUAAGCCAUGUGACCGUGUACCAGUUUCCCGACGAUGACGCCAAAGCGCGGUCCGUGCUUGACCUUGUCGCGCCCUUGCUAACGUCGGCGCAUGCGUCAUUGCGGCGCGUCGCUGCGCAGACGAUGCUCGUGCUGAGUCGCACGCCGCUGCUUGAGAGCCAAGUGCGCCUGCCCGAGUGGCAUGCGCUCAGCUACAUGGUCACGGACGAAGACGUGGGCGUUCGGGAGGCAAUUCUCAAGACGCUGACGGCCAAUUUGCUGCGACAUGCGAUCCCGCACCCGCACAAGUACACGGCGAUGCUGGCGCUGACCGUGCACGAGACGCAUCCCGAGCUCAAGAAGACGGCGCGUACGCUCCUAGCGACAGCCGUCAUGCGGCUUCGCAAAGCGUUUGAAGCGCGCGACCAAGACGACGCAAGUAACGACGAGGCAAGCUCGCUCAUGGUGCCCGAGUACACGCUGCCGUUCGUCUUGCACCUUGUCUUGCACCCGCCGAGUGGAUGCGACAAGAUCUUUGACGCGCCAUCGUUGUUGUUGGACGUCCUCGUCUCGAACGUGGCGUCCGAGGCCGACAACAUCUCGUUUUUGCUCCAAAUGCUGCACAAGAUGAGCAUGUGUCAUGACGCGACCGAGCCGACAGCCAACGGACUCUACAAGGUCGUGCAGCAGUGCACGUCGACGCUCCGCGCCAAGAUCAAGAACCAAGUCAACCUCAAGCCGUACCCGGGCCAAAUCUUCCUCCCGAAAGACUUGUUCCAGCCCGGCAAGGCCGAGAACGACACCGACGCCAACGACUCGGAUGCGAGCAACGACGACGACGACAAGGCCAAGCCGACCAAAGUGCAUAAGAAGCGGACGCUCCCGAAAGCCACGAACGCGCCCAAGCCCAAGAAGGCCAAGCCGACGCCUGCCAAGACCAAGGCCUCGGAGGAUGACCCGCCGCCGCGACGCAUGCCGUCCCGCCGUGCCAAGCAAACCGAAACCAAUCUGGCCGACCCCGACAGCGACGUGGACGAGUACGCGGCCGAAGCGCCAGCAUCCUCGAUCCGGGCGUACUUUACGCCAGUGCGGCCCAAAGCCCGUGCCACGAGUCAUGACAGCGACACGGACGAUGGCGAAGAAGAGACCAAGGACGCUGCCAGUGACGGCGAAGAAGAAACCAAGGCCGCCGGCAAUGACGACGAGGAAGAAACCAAGGCCGCCGGCAGUGACGACGACGACGAAGACAUGACGAGCUUCCGCCCUCGCCGCCGCCGGUAACAGGAUCAUUUGCUUGCUUUUUUACUUCAUCACGAAGCUCUACGUGUGUGUCUACGAGCUCGC